CUUUGUGUUUGAUUCUGAUUAAAACUGCUGCUUGACUUUGGCGUGAAGCUGCAGCUGCGUGUCACUGAUUCACGGCUCGCGCUCGAGUGCGUUAAUUGUGAUUCCGGACACUUGUACGCAUGUGCGAGGUGUGUUAACGUUGCCGUGGAGUGGAAGCGGGCUCCUCCAGUCCUCUCUACUAUCUUCGGUGCAGCAGCAGGCAGCGCAGCGGAGUGCUCUCAGCCCAGGGACCCAGCUGAAAUGUCGGAAAGCGGGAGUCAGGAAGCCGCCGAGGCCCCGAACGGCAGCGGCAGCCCGACGGCGAAAGGGGCACCGAGACCGGCCGUGGGCAACAAAGUGACCGUGGUGCUGGGGGCUCAGUGGGGCGACGAGGGGAAGGGGAAAGUUGUGGAUCUGCUGGCUCAGGACGCCGACAUGGUGUGCAGAUGUCAGGGCGGCAACAACGCAGGACACACAGUGGUGGUGGACUCGGUGGAGUACGACUUCCACCUCCUCCCCAGCGGCAUCAUCAACCCCAAGGUCACCGCCUUCAUUGGAAACGGUGUAGUGAUCCAUCUUCCAGGCCUGUUUGAAGAGGCAGAGAAAAACGAACGCAAAGGGAAAAGCCUGAAAGACUGGGAGAAAAGGCUGAUCAUCUCCGACAGAGCACAUAUCGUGUUUGACUUCCACCAAGCGGUUGAUGGCGUUCAGGAACAGCAGAGGCAAGAGCAAGCAGGCAAGAACCUCGGCACGACGAAGAAGGGGAUUGGUCCGGUGUACUCAGCCAAGGCAGCACGUAGCGGUCUCAGGAUAUGUGAUUUGCUGGCAGACUUCACUCAGUUCUCUGAAAGGUAUAAAGUUUUGGCCCAGCAGUACAAGGCCAUGUACCCUACUCUGGAGAUUGACAUAGAGGGAGAGCUGGUCAAAUUAAAGGACUACGUGGAGCAGAUCAAGCCCAUGGUGAGAGACGGUGUUCACUACAUGUACGAAGCUCUUCAUGGCCCUCCCAAGAAAAUCGUGGUGGAAGGAGCCAACGCAGCAUUACUGGACAUAGACUUUGGGACGUACCCGUUUGUGACGUCGUCCAACUGCACGGUGGGCGGAGUCUGCACGGGUCUGGGGAUGCCGCCUCAGAACGUGGGCGAGGUUUACGGGGUCGUCAAGGCCUACACCACCAGAGUCGGCAUCGGUGCUUUUCCCUCAGAGCAGAGCAACGAGAUCGGAGAGCUGCUUCAGACUCGAGGGAAGGAGGUUGGCGUGACCACGGGCAGGAAGAGGCGAUGCGGUUGGCUGGAUCUGGUGCUCAUCAAAUAUGCACACAUGAUUAACGGCUUCACUGCUAUAGCCCUCACCAAACUCGACAUACUUGACGUGUUCCCAGAGAUCAAAGUGGGCGUAGCGUACAAAGUCGACAACCAAACUAUACCUCACUUUCCAGCCAAUCAGGAGGUGUUGCAGCGUGUGGAGGUUCAGUACGAGACGCUGCCCGGCUGGAACAGCGACACAUCGGCCGCUAGAAGCUUCGAGGAGCUGCCUGAGAACGCUCAGAAAUACGUUCACUUCGUUGAGGAGCAUGUGGGAGUGCCUGUCAAAUGGAUCGGAGUGGGCAAGUCUCGGGAGUCGAUGAUCCAGCUGUUCUAGACGAAGGGGGGAGAACCGCUAGCAGAGAGGAUGCACAGCAGCCAGAAAACUGCACCCUUCUUCCCUUCCUCCCCUCACACAGCCGACCUACCUUCUCAACUCUCCGACAGAGACGAGCGUCACGUCUGUUUCUCACCACCGCGCCAUCGGACCGGACCUCUCUGGAUCAGACUCUCAUCAGACUGACCUCCAUGUUCGAAGCAUCCGUCUGGAUUUUUAACAGUUUUAAACUUUAGAACAACAGCAUCACAGAUCUCCUUUAAUCGCCCCAGCUGUUUAUCUCAGACUCCCUCGGCGACACCAGCUGCCGUCAGGUCUGAGAAGGAGGCGAGGGAUCAGACUCGACACGCAGACCAACAAACUGUCUGCAGGCGUUUGGUUGGUCAAACGCUGUUCAAGUGUAUUUUUGUUAAUCUAUGCUGUGAUUUUAAUGCGCUGUGCCAGUCCCGGUGUAAAUCAUUUAAGAAGUUUUAACCUCAGCACUAGAUGCUUUGGACUGUGUCUGCUUUAUGUUUUAUUCUGCCAGGUGUGCAGCACAUCCUGACACGAUAAAGGGAUCCUUUAAGAUUUUAAAUGUGUCUCUUUGUGUUUUCGUCGUCAGACAUGUUCCGACUUAUAUUGCCUUUCAUUCAACCAAAAUAAAGAUUAGCUUUUGAUUUUCUUGUA